ACGUCAUAGAAGACGGGGGCUCGUAUGAAUCUAAAAGAUGAUUUCUUAACUUGCAUUUCGUUUACCAAAGCUAUAGUUGUCAACCUGUGGAUCACAAUGGUUGUACUACAUUUGUUAUACAUUCAUCUUCUUCUAGCAGCUUUUGUCUAUGGUAUUGACUAUAAAUUUCCUCAUACAUUCUACGACAUACAGAAUCCGACCAAAAUAAAAGAAGAGGAGUUCAACGCUUUAGAAGAUUUGGGUUCAUCCCUUCAAAAGGAACCUACCUUUGACGAUAAGGAUAUAUUAUCAUUUUAUCAAGAUUAUGAUCUCCAAAACCAGAACAAGAAAUCAGACUUCAAACCAAAGUAUGAUCCAGGCUGGAAGUUUAUUGGCUUGGGAAAAAGACCUUUGUAUCAGGAUUUUGCAAAUUCUAAUGGAGCUGGUCCUUCACCAAAAAAUGUGAAUCCUUUAUGGGGAAUUUCAACAUUAAUUAAUUUUGAAUUUUUUAAUGCCUUGAGAGAAGGUUUGGAAAAUCCAGAUAAAGAGCCUGUAAAAAAAGGAGAAGGAAUGAUUGGUUCGAAUGGGAUUUCUGCUUUAGAUUCCGGUGAUCAUAGAUUCCACAAGAUUGGUUUAUAUGGUAGUGGGAGACAAAAGAACAUGUAUGAUCCUGGAUGGAUGCUGACAGGACUUGGGAAAUAAUCCAUCUUAACUUUUUUUUUCUUUUCAAAUAUUUUCUUCACAUUCUGUUUUCUCAGAAAAGCAUCAUUGGAAAAACACCCUUUUUAUUUGGAA